AAACCAAGAUGACCAUUGGAUAGAGCUCGUCGAAAUCUAUCUUGGUCUCGCUUGGUCCCGCUUGGUCCCGGCUAUAGGCGAAUCCUUGUGGAAAAUACUCGAAUCCUAAUCUAAGGUAUCCUACGUUUCCAUUCAUCACAAAUGUUAUUUGAAAUGAUUUUAAUGAAAUUUGAUUCAAAUGAAUUAUUUCGUGUAGAAACAUUUCUUGGACCAUUUGUUUUAACUUUAUUUAUUCUUCUUGUUGUUUUCAUUUGCUUAAGUAUCUUUUUAUCAAUUAUCAAUGAUAAUUUUCGACUUGCACGGGAAAAAGUUAUUGAAGAUCCAGAAGUAUUUUCAUAUAUAAUCAAGACAUUUUUUCAAUGGAUUGGAAUAAAAAAACGACCAGAAUGGGAAAUUCAAGAAGAAAAAGAUCAACAAAUGCGUGAAAAUUAUUUUUCUACAACCGAUACACUUCGAUUACGAACAAAUCAAUUGGUCAAUCAAAUUAAUCGAAUGUAUUUUAAUCAACAAACAACAAAUGUUUAA